GUUAAUUGUUGCCGAGGUUUUGUUUUUAUUAUCGUUUGGUGAUUAUUAAUUAUCAUGAUAUUAAUGUUUAUUUUUUUAUUUAAUGAGACAGUUUAUGAAAAUUAAAUUUCCAUUGUUUACUACUCUUCUUGCUCAGUUAACAUGUAGAACAUUUUCUAUUUUAAACGUUAAUUCUAUUUGUAGGAAAAAUAAUCCUCUUUUUCAUUGUCCGGUUGAUUCUAAAUUUUGUAGCUCUAAUUAUAGAUUUUCAUCAACAAUGGCUCCUGUUGAUCAUAAAAGUGGGAUGGAUAUUCAAGGUGAAAUCGAAAAUCUUAUUGUAAAAAAUAGAGUAAUGAUCUUCUCAAAGUCGUGGUGUCCAUUUUGUAAAAAGGCUAAAGAUUUGUUUGAUUCUAUUAAAGUACCUUGGGCUGGUAUUGAGCUUGACCUUCGGGAAGAUGGUGCUCAAUGGCAAGAGGGUCUUCUCGCUAGGACAGGCAAGAAAACUGUUCCACAAAUUUUUGUCCAACAAAAUUUUAUCGGAGGUUGUGAUGAUCUAAUGAAAGCCGCAUCUACUGGUAAUUUAAGUUUAAUAUUAAAACCUCGAGUUCGUGAUUACGAUCUUGUUGUGAUAGGGGGUGGAUCUGGUGGAUUAGCUUGUGCAAAGGAAGCUGGUCGUCUGGGAAGAAAAGUCGCUCUCCUCAAUUUCGUCGACCCAUCACCGCGAGGGACAACUUGGGGAAUCGGUGGAACCUGUGUCAAUGUUGGUUGUAUACCGAAAAAGUUACUCCACACAGCAGCGCUCAUUGGACAGUCGAUUAAAGAUUCAAACUCGUUCGGUUGGGUCACUAAUAAUAACAGCUCUUUGGAUAUAAAUAAAAAUGUUCAUCUGGAUUGGAAAAAGCUAACUGGAAACAUUCAAGCUCACAUUAAGAGCUUAAACUUCAACUACAAGGUCACUUUACGGAAAAGAAAUGUCGAAAAUAUCAACGCUUUCGGUAUGUUCGAAGAUCCUCACACAAUUAAGUUGAUUGACUCUAAGAAACAUGAAAGACUCAUCACAGCAGAUAAAAUUCUAAUUGCUGCCGGUACUCGUCCAAAUUAUCCCAAAAUUCCUGGUGCAGUUGAAUUUGGUAUUACCAGUGACGAUCUGUUCAGUAUGCCUUAUCCACCCGGUAAAACACUCGUCGUCGGUGCUUCUUAUGUAGCCUUAGAAUGUGCAUCAUUCCUUCAAGGCUUUGGUUUCGAUACAACAGUUAUGAUUAGAUCUAUUCUACUUAGAGGAUUCGAUCAAGAAUGUGCUAACCGCGUUGGAGAAAUGAUGCAACAUGAGGGUAUUCAUUUUCUUCGUGACUGUGUUCCAACAUCUAUCGAACAGUUAAAACCCGGAGAACCUGGAGUUUUACGUGUUACUGGUAAAACGAAUGAGGGUAAAAUCGUAGUUGGUGAAUACAAUACUGUUGUUUUUGCUAUCGGAAGAUCAACUCGUCUUGAUAAAAUGAGAGUUGAUAAAAUUGGCCUUGAAUUGGAUAAAAGUGGAAAAAUAUUAAUCAAAGAUGAACGGUCGAAUGUACCAAGUGUCUAUGCGGUUGGAGAUUGUACCGAUAUUAAAUUUGAAUUAGCACCUUUAGCAAUCGAAGCAGGACUUUUACUCGCUCGUCGUUUCUACGCUUCUAGUACCAUCAAAACUGAUUAUAAUUUCAUUCCAACCACAGUAUUUACCUCAAUUGAGUACAGCAGUUGUGGUUUCACAGAGGAGGAAGCACUCGAAAAGUAUGGAGCUAAAAACAUCGAGAUUUAUGUUCAGAACUUUACUCCUCUCGAAUGGAGUUUACCACAUCGACCCACAAACAAAUGUUUCGCAAAAUUAAUUUGUGCAACCAAGGAAAAUUCGCGAGUACUUGGUAUCCACUAUGUCGGUCCAAACGCUGGUGAAGUGAUGCAAUUGGCAGCUUUGUGCUUGAAACGAGGUUGUACCAAAGAUGAAUUUGAUGCUAUGAUCGGAAUUCAUCCAACCUGUGCUGAAAUCUUCACCACAAUGUCAAUAACUAAAAGUAGUGGAGCCUCGGCCGAUGCAUCGGAUUGCUGAGGUUAAAGAUCCUCUCCAAUAUUUGGGCUUAACUUUACACGAUUACAAUUAACUAAUCAUGUUAAUCAAUAUCUGUUACGCCCAAAUUGGAGAGGAUGGUUGUGUAUUGUUUUUGUUACAAUUUAAUUUGAUUACUAUGAUGAUCAAAGUAUAAAGCUUUUAAAGAAGUGCUUUGAUUUGAUGCUUAAAUUGUUGGCAAAAAAUGUAAACACAACUCAAGAUUUUGUCUAAGUAAAAAUAAAACUUUAUUUGGAUAGAUUACAAAAAAA